UGUUAAUCAUCAUAGUACCUGAUCAUCUUGGGAGUUAUCCUUGCAGUCCCAACUACCACUUGACUGUUAGGGGUAGAGUUGGGAUCCAAAAACUUAUUUUAUUCAGGCCAUCUAAUGGUAAUUAACUUUGUCACAACUAAUUUGUGUCCAAAUUAGACUGGUGGCCUACCAGAGAGAGAGAGAGAGACUGGCUUUUCACAGAAAUCACUACACUGCUGUACUACAAAUACUGUACUCUGGAUGCAGUGCCCUACAGGUCCAAAAAGCACCACUGCAGUCUCACUGAGCUUGGUUAGAAACAAAUCUUUCUUCCAAAGACCCCAGCUGCUUGAUAAAUGUUUUACACGUGGCUGCAAACUAUAUUCAAUGCAACCCCUAAGGGAUCAGCAAUCACUGGGUGCCUCAUGGGAGUUAACCCAGCCAGUGUUGACUUGGUGGAUAUUGGCAAGGAUGAGGAAGUGAAGCUGAAGCCAGGACAGGUUCUACAUCUUGUGAAUAAACUUUACCCCUAUAUUAUACAAUUCUUGGAAGUCACAGAGGUGUCUGGCGCACGAGUAGAAGGGAAGACAAAAGCAAACAAGAGGCCAUACAUAGACUCUGGGAAUAGUAACAUGAAAAACGUGUCUGAAAAAAGUAUGAAAAUGGAGCAACCAGACUUGCAAGAUGGUAGUUCAAGCUGCAAGCCAAACAAUACCAGUACUUCUUCCUCCUCUCCCCAUGACAGCUCUUCCAACCACAAGGAACAUUUAGGACAUUGGAGUCAAGGUCUGAAGAUCUCUAUGCAAGACCCAGAAAUGCAGGUUUACAAAGAUGAAAGGGUUGUAAUCAUUAAGGAUAAAUAUCCCAAAGCUCGUUACCACUGGCUAAUCUUACCCUGGGACUCCAUCUCCAGUCUAAAAUCAGUAACAAAAGAGCAUCUUGAAUUACUAGAACACAUGCAUGCUGUUGGGGAAAAGCUGAUCCAACAAUGCCUGCAUAAAGAUAGCUUGGAGUUCCGAUUGGGUUACCAUGCAGUUCCCAGCAUGAGGCAAGGAAGAGAACACUGGAGUGUGAGCUGCCAGGAGGAAAUCGGGCUGUGGCUGUUCUGCAUCGCAAAGAGUACCACUCUGAUAGUCGAUCACUUAUCCCACUUUCUUCACGUACAUCUCCAUGUAAUCAGCCAGGAUUUUGAUUCCCCUUGCCUUAAAAACAAAAAGCAUUGGAAUUCUUUUACUACAGAAUACUUCUUAAACUCUCAAGAUGUGAUAGAGAUGGUAAAGACCAAAGGAAAAGUUCUGGUUAAAGAUGGGACCUCUGAGCUCCUCAAGUUGCCCCUCAGAUGUCAUGUGUGCAAGCAACACCAGUCUACCAUUCCACAGCUAAAGGAACAUCUCAAGAAACAUUGGCCAAAAUAACUGUAAAAAUCAGUCUGAAUGCUGAUCGGUCUAAGGCUAAAAACAAUCCCCCAAAACUUUUUGUCAAGUUGCAGAGAUUUUUGUUUUUAGCUGAAUUACAAAUUCAAUCCUGGAAAGGUUCCUUGCUAGUACAAACAGCAUACGACUGACACGUCUGUAUUAACUUUUCAGAAGACAAAUAAAGUAGCCUCAAGUUCAGUA